GCGUGGUGGCAGGAAAGCCAGGCCGAAAGACGCCUGCGCAUCCAUUUACUGCCAAUGGGAGGCGGGCACAACUCUUGAGCGACAGAGGCCUAGUGCAAGCACUCACCCCUCGGGCAGGGAUUACCGGCUGCAGACGCGAGUGGCCGGUUUUACGGCAACAAGCAGAGUACAGUUGUUGGAAGGAAAAGCACAAUGGAAGUCCUGCGACCAACACUCAUAAGGAUUGGAGGGCGUGUUUACAGGAAAAACCAUGUUAGAGAACAAGCUCACCAGCAGGAAGAGGAGCAAGACUUCUAUGCAGCCCCUGAUGCUGCAGAUGAACCUUGUGAUGCCUUUAUGAUAGAAGAAACAGAAAGAGGUUACCGAUGUGCUAUGGAUAUUCCCAGUCCACUUUACAAGUAUAUAAUAGGAAAGAAAGGAGAAACAAAGAAGAAACUAGAAACAGAAACCCGGACCUCUAUCAGUAUACCCGGUCCUGGUGUUGAAGGAGAAAUUGUGAUCACAGGACAGCACCGGAAUGGUGUUAUUUCAGCUCGAACACGAAUUGAUGUUCUUGCCGAGAGCUUUCGCAAAAAACAGCCCUUCACACACUUUCUGUCAAUUGCACUCAACCAAGCUGCAAUCCAGGGAAAGUUUCUACAAUUCAAGGAAGAAGUCUUAGAGAAGUGUUCAAAUGACUGUGGUAUCAGCAGCACUUUGUUCCAGAACCCAGCAAAGCUACAUCUAACUAUUGGGACAUUGGUACUUUUGAAUGAACAAGAAAUCCAAAAAGCCCAGGAACUUCUGAAGAAAUGUAAAGAAGAUUUUAUUGACUCAGUUACAGGAGGCAAACCACUAACUAUAGAAGUAACAGGAAUAGAGUACAUGAAUGAUGAUCCAGCUAUGAUCGAUGUCCUCUAUGCAAAAGUCCGCACAAAGGAUGGAUCUAAUAAGCUUCAGCUGAUAGCAGACAGACUGAUGGAGCAGUUUGUGACCUCUGGGCUGAUGAUGAAAGAGUGGGAUAGGGUGAAACUCCAUGCCACGGUCAUGAAUACGCUCUUUCGGAAAGAUCCUAGCGCUGAAGAGCAAAAUAACAGAACUGCAGGCAGAGCUUCUAAGGAAAGGGAGUCAUUUGAUGGUCGAAAGAUAUUGAAGCUCUUUGAGAACUUCUGUUUUGGUGAAGUGCAGCUGAAUUCAGUCUUCCUCUCUCAGCGAUUCUCCACAGACAGCUCCGGUUACUAUGCAACAUCUGGGCAAAUCACUUUCUCCUGCAGUGCAGAUUCAUCUGCCCCAACAGAUUUUGCAUGAUGACAUCAGGACUGCAUGAUGCACACAAGAUGAUAAUGAUCUAAAUGGAUCCUGUUACUAUGACAUUCAUUAAAGCAUUCCUCCCUCA